CUCCUCGUUCCCGGGAAAGGCUAAUAAGAUCUUUUUCCCGAAUUUUUUUUCUUUGAUGAUCUGGGAACAAAAGAAGAGUCCUUCCGAUCGAGAGAUUUGGAGUCAUCCUAUUUUCUUUUUUAAGUUUACAUAAUUACCUCCUCAUAUCACUAUAUAAACGAACGAUGAAAACACAUCACGUAUAUAAAGAUUCUGCAUACCCCUCAAGUUGUUCAACCACGUCUUCAAUCUUCAGUCCCUGCAUCCUCACAGAUAUGUCCUUUUCGAUAACUGGACGAAAGAUGAAAAGAAGAAAGCAUAUCAAGUAGACAAACUUCUCUCUCUAGUCGACAUGGUGGUUGCCAACAACAAUGGAAAGCCAUAUACUGAUGAAAUUUUCAGUGAAUUGAAGAAAGCGACUACGAGGCUUCAUGAACAAACAGAAGAAACAGCUGAGCUGACAGAGCAAAUGCAUAAAUCAUAUGAAGAGCAGCUUAAGCGAAUCACUGAAAUGCUCGAAUUGAAGCUCAGUAAAACAACAAUUACACUGAAACAACAAUUGGAAGAAGAGCGGAUUGAAGGUUUGAAGGCUGAAUUUUUCCGGUAUCUUAUGCUGCUAAAAUCAAAUCAAAUCAUGUAAUCCCUAACCUCAGAGAGAAUCUUGAAAAAGCCCUAAAGGAGACAGAGGAGAUCUGAAAGAGGGAUAAACGUGCUAUUUUAAAAAUAAAAUAAAAUAAAAUAAAAAAACCGGAGUUUUAUUAUUUUCUGCAAAACAUGUUUUAUAUUAUUAUUAUUAUCAUAACUGCUGUAUUGCCACAUCAGUAUUUUGAUGGUA